GUGACCACAGAGGGCGCUGCACGCAUGGCAGGCCCGGCUCCGCGGCCUUCACAUCUUUUUGUCUGAGAACUGGAUCCCUCUGCCGCUCUACAGUGUGCGCGAUAGCCUCGGAGCUGCGUCCGUAACACACUGUCAAACCACUCCAAACGAAUACAACCGCGACCAAAAGCAUUUAUUCUACACAUCCAGCCAUGGCGUUUCUAAUCUGCCGGUAAAUCGGUCGUAUUUGUGACUGUUCGUUGGAACUUAGUCCGGGGUUGAAUCGGGCUUGCUUUCAGUGUGCAUCAGUCUUUAUUAGCGAGCUGCCGCUCUUCUUGCUAUCAGCUAUUUCUUUAACUUUUUAAACACUCAGCUUCGCGAAUGACUGAGCGCCGGCGGAGUAUGGGAUCCUUGGUGUCUUAAGAAGCGACUGAAGUGGGGUUUAACCGUUUUUGCAUGCAAAAACAAUGGCAAAUUCGACGGGGAAAAAUCUACUAGAUCAGCGAAGGAAAGGACAGGCUUUCCUGGACGAGCUGCGGCAAUUUCACCAAAGCAGAGGAUCGCCGUUCAAGAAGAUUCCUUUCGUGGGUGGGAAAGAGCUGGAUCUGAAUGCUCUCUAUAUCAGAGUCGUCUCUUUAGGUGGAUUUGCUAAGGUGUCAGACAAAAACCAAUGGAUUGAACUUGGGGACGAGUUCAACUUUCCAAGGAGUUGUUCCAACGCUGCGUUUGCUUUAAAACAGUACUACCUUCGAUACUUGGAGAAGUAUGAAAAAGUCCACCACUUCGGCGAGGAUGACGAUGAAGCGCAGCCGGGGAAUCCCAAAAACUCUCUUCCAAUCGGUGCAAUUCCCAACUCUUAUAACUACCAGCAACACAGUGUAUCAGACUAUCUCCGCCAAAGCUAUGGACUCUCUACGGACUUUGUUCCGCCGUGCGACUACAACAAACUGGUGCUGUCUCUCCUCUCGGGCCUACCCAACGAAGUUGACUUCGCUGUCAACGUUUGCACGCUGCUUUCAAACGAGAGCAAGCACGCCAUGCAGCUGGACAAGGACCCCAAACUGGUCACGUUGCUGCUGGCCCACGCCGGCGUCUUCGAUGACUCACUAGGCAGCUUCUCCGGGGUAUUUGGGUCGGACUGGAAGGAGAAAACCACACGGGACUUCGUCAGGUUCUGGAAAGAGGUGGUGGAGGACUCUGAAGUCAGGGAGCUGAUCUGGGACAAGAACAACCCAGCACAAGAUGGUACGUCGUGUGAGGAGCGCUGGCAGAGCCUCUUCCACCCGCCGCGGAACUCGGGUAUCAGUGACAUGGAGGCCCAGCGGGUGCUUCAGGUCGCCGUUAUUCUGCGGAACCUCUCCUUCGAGGAGGCCAACGUCAAGCUGCUGGCGGCCAACCGAACGUGCCUGCGCUUCCUUUUGCUCUGUGCCCACUGUAACCUCAUCUCACUCCGACAGCUUGGACUUGACACGUUGGGCAACGUGGCAGCCGAGCUCCAGCUGGAUCCUGUUGACUUUCGGACAACUCAUCUGAUCUUUCACACCAUCACCAAAUGCUUGAUGUCCAGGGACCGGUUUCUCAAAAUGAGAGCCAUGGAAAUUCUGGGCAACCUCAGCAAGGCCGAGGACAACAGCGUGCUGAUCUGCGAGUAUGUGGACCAGGACUCGUACAGGGAGGUGGUGAUGCUCCUCACCCUGCCUGACCUCAUGCUCCUCAUGGCCUCGUUGGAGGUGCUCUACCUGCUGGCCCAGCUCGGAGAGAAUCCCUGUACCAAGAUCGCCUCAGUCGACCACAGCAUAGACCUGUUAGUGCGGUUAGUGUCCGUCGACCUUCACACGUUCGGACCCGACGCCCUCACAGCGGUGCGGUUGAUCGAGCAUCAGGCCAGCGCUGACCAAGCCGCCGAGGUUCGACCACAGCUGGUGGAGCAGGUUCCUGCAGCCGUGCAGGGAGGUCCAGCACCAGUAACGAGGGUUCCAAUCCAACCAACCCAACCUCCACCCGGGAUCGUUGAACUAGACGGGGAGAAAUUCACACUGCAGUGGCUCAACGCACACUUCGAGACACACGGCGACGGCUCUGUGUCGCGAUCAGAAAUGUACUCCGAGUACCUCUCCACGUGCAGUAAAAUGGGACGAAGCAACAUCUUAAACUCCACCGGCUUCCUCAAAUGUUUGCGAACUGUCUUCCCCAACCACACGAUGAGGCGGCAAGACGAGGCCAAGUCCAACGGUCAGGUUCAGAUCAUGCUGGUAGGGUUAAGGAGAAGGUCCAUCCCCCUGCCCAUCCAGCUGUACUACCAGCAGCAACAACAUCAGCAGAGCCCAGCAGCAGCAGCAGCUCCUCCGCCUCCAGCAGCCCGACACGAUGCUCCUGGAGACCCUCAGGCCCCGCCCUCAGGCCUGCCUCCCGGGCAUCACAGUCCUGGACCCCAGUUUGCAAGGGCCCCUGGAUCCAGCCUCAGCACCGCUGGUGCUUCCCCCUCCAUGGCCUCGCCUGCACAGGAUGCAAGUCACCCGACUGUUCCCCGUCACCCGAUGUCCCCGCAGGUGACUCCGCAGCUACCACCGAAUCCUCUGGCAGCAGUGCAGCAGCAACUGGUCCGACCUGGUCCAUUGGUCCAGAUUCCAACGUCAACACCGGCUACCCAAAAUCACAGCCCCCAGGCUGCACCUGCCCCCCAACAGCAGCAGCAACACUCCCCCAUGAUCACCGGGACACCUGUCACACUAUUUCAGCAGGUACCGCAGGGCCACAUCCUCACAGCCAGGGUGCAGGGUGUGUGUCCUCCCAUCACUCAGACCCCUCCCCAGGCGGACCCUCAGUGUCCCGCUGCAGCCUCCACGCCCUCUUCUUCCAUCGCAGGUGUGCCCAAUUCACAGGCGUCGCGCGUCACAUUUCAAAACAUCGCCCCCAAACCAGCGCCAAACCAGUCGGGUGGACCAGCGACCACGAUAGCCCCUUCCAACCAGCAGCAGAGUGUCGUCUACACCCCCGCCAUACACCAAAUUGUUCUCGCCAACCCCUCCGCCAUUCCGGGAGCCCAGACUAUCCAGAUAGCCGGGCAGCCCGGCGCUGCUUCCAGCCCCUGUCUGCCUCCCACCUCUCUCUCCAACACCCAGGUUCAGUCCGGUCAAACCGUCAGCCAAGCUCUGUCCAUCAAGCGGCAUCAACAGCAGCAGCUUCAGCAGCAGCCCCCGCUCCAAAUCAUGUCCCAACCUCCCCCCUCUCAGCCUACCUCCACUGAGUCCAGCUUGAUCAAACAGCUACUGCUUCCAAAGCGGCCUUCGACUCCGGGAGGAAAGCUGAUCCUUCCCGCUCCACAGGUGCCCCUCCCCAACAGCACGAUAGCCCCCAGUCCGCAGGUCAUCUACCAGACCAACUACACCCCCCAGAAUGCCUCUCCCCAGCCCCAGCAGCUCAAUGUUCAGCUGGUUGCCGGUCAGCUUCCCGCUGCGGGAUCCCCGGCCCUUCAGACGGUGCAGCUCCUGCCCGGCCAGCUCAUUUCGACGAGUAGCCCGGGGACGGCGACCUUAUUCCAGGGCCCCACGGCGGCUGGACAGGUUACCUUCACCGUGGUCCCCAACACUGGUUUCACCACAUCUACUGCUGCUGUGACCGCUGUCAGCCAGGGGGCCGUGACUCCCGCAGCUCCCCCUCCUCCAUUCUCUAUAGGAACGGUGCCCCACCACGCCCCAGCUCCUCAACCACCUACACCGCCGCCACUGCCAGCUCCCCUCAGAGGAGACAAGAUCAUUUGUCAAAAGGAGGAGGAGGCCAAGGACGCCACAGGGCUGCACAUCCACGAGAGAAAGAUCGAGGUGAUGGAGAACUCCUCUUUAGCGGACGGAGACUCUUCUAACGGGAAAACCAGUAACGGCGAUGUGGCGGCAGGGGCCAAGCUGCUAAAUGGUCGGAAGUGCAUGGAGUCUAAUCUACCUCCAUAUCACUCAGGGAACAGCCAGGGGGCGCUCAACGGCCCGGCUACGGAGAGUCACCCUGCUAAUGGGAAGCAGGCCCUCUCCCCAGCAAACACCCCCCUGGAAGGAAGCCCCGACCCCAAAAAGACUCUAGUCAACGGGGUUUGUGACUUUGAUCGGGGCGACGGUGGUGGCAACUUCAACAAAAACAUUCCAAAUCACGUUGCUUCCAAACAGUACUUGGGGAACGGGGAGGUGGGCCCCACUGAGAAGAGUCACGGGUCAGACCCUCAUCUCCCCAGUCCUCCUCCUAACCCCCAGCAGGACACUGCCAAAGCCCAGCAGGCUGAGCGCCUGGCCAACGGACCCCAGGCAGGAGGCAACAAGCCUCCCUCGGAACUAACCAAUGGACCUUUAGGGCCGGCCCACGCUACGCCCGUGCUUAGGCAGCAACUGCUCCCCAACUCCACCCUGCUCUCCACUGUUACUCUCUCCGCUCAGAGUCCCGCCGCCUCUCCUGCGAACGGAGUGGCCUCCGAGGCUCGAGGUCUCAAGAGACCGGCGGAGAACGAGGACCGCGGCACGGCUGCGGCGUCCUCCGGGAUUCCCAACAAAGUGGGCGUGCGGAUCAUUACCAUCAGCGACCCAAACAACGCCGGCAGCAGCUCCACCAUGGUGGCGGUGCCAGCAGGAACAGACCCAAGCACAGUAGCCAAAGUAGCAAUAGAGAACGCCACUCAGCAGAGGAACUGCUCGCCCACACAGGCAGCUGGCUUAACGCCUACCAUAACCCCAUCCCCGCCCCCAGUAUCCCAGCCUGCACCAGUAGGUAACCACAGUCCUCACCUCCCAGCACAGCUAACCCCCGCAGCAGCGCCCGAGCAGAGCAGGAAAGCCGGACAGAACUUCAAGUGUCUGUGGCCGUCCUGUAAACGGUGGUUUGAAACGCCGUCUCAGGUGUUUUACCACGCAGCGACGCAACACGGCGGGAAAGGCGUGUACGGAGGUCACUGUCUGUGGGAGGGGUGUGACUCUUUCCCCCGGCAGAGACUGUCCUUCAUCACACAUCUACAGGACAAACACUGUUCUCGAGAGGCUCUG